AUAAAUCUGUGAUACCAUAGCCUUGUAAUUGAUGCAGAUGCAGGCAAUGUGGAAAUAAAACGUUAACGCGAUUAUAGAAGCUACGAAAACGUCAUCAGUGCGAAGCGUUCGGACUGCGUAAAUUUGCCGCGCUCCAAAUCUGUUUACUGACGCGUCCAUUACAAUAUUGCAGACAUAAUGCCGGCGGCUCGGGGUGUUAAAAGGACGGCAUCCAAAUCGUCUGCUGCAGCAGCUUCAACGGGACCGAAAAAUAAGAAAAAACGCGGAGCGAUCCAGCUAGAGAUACCAAGCGCUCCAAAACGGCGUGGUUGUGUGCUCACGUGUGGACAAGGGGAUGUGGGCCAACUGGGCUUGGGAGAAGAUGUCAUUGAGACUACUAAAUUCAAGGUGGUAUCCGCAUUGGGGAGUAAGAUCGUGGAUGCGUGCGCGGGAGGCAUGCACACCAUAGCACUCGAUACUGAUGGAAAGGUUUGGACGUUCGGUUGCAACGACGAGGGAGCCCUAGGGCGCCCCACCACCAACGAGCAAGAGGAGGGCACUCCGGCCCCCGUGAAGCUCCCCGCUGCCGCUGUCAAGAUAUCUGCCGGGGACUCGCACUCCGCAGCCCUGUUGGACAACGGGGAUGUGUACGCUUGGGGCUCUUUUAGGGACUCCCACGGCAGCAUGGGUCUCGUAGUUCGAGCUCGUGAAGGCAAAGCGUGCAAAGAGCCGCAGAAACUGACGAUACCGGAAACAGCUGUGUCCAUAGCUUCCGGCGGCGACCAUCUUGUCGUUUUGUCUGUAACCGGAGCAGUAUACACAAUGGGUUGCGGUGAGCAAGGGCAGUUGGGCAGAUUGGCUCAACGUUCGGCUAGCAGAGAUGCAAGACAGGGAUUUAGUGCCCUGCUGGUGCCAUCGAAGGUGACCCUGAAGGCUGUAGUGUCUCACAUCUGGGCAGGAUACCACGCUACGUUUGCAUUGGACGCUAAUACUGAUAAAAUGUUCGCUUGGGGGCUCAAUAAUUAUGGCCAGCUUGGUGUAACAGGCGAGAAACGCCGCGUGGCACUAUACUCUCCCGCUGAAUGUGAUGCUUUUCCACCGUCAGCGACCGCAGUCGCUGCGGGACAACACCACUCGCUGGCGAUGGAUGCCGCGGGGAAAGUUUAUAGCGUGGGCCGGUGUGAAUAUGGGAGACUGGGCCUCGGCGACAGAACGACAGACGCGGAGACAUUGGAGCCGAUACCGAAGUUGCAGAACAAGAAGUGCGUCAGUAUAGCCGCCGGUACUAGCAACUCUUUUGCGCUCACUGAUUCCGGCGAAGUGCUAGCCUGGGGCAUGGGCAGCGAGGGCCAACUCGGCACCGGGUCUACAUCAGACGCGAACGAACCCACUGCCUCCGUGUGCGUGGGGCUGGGCAACACCACCACACCGCUGCGGAUAUCGGCCGGCGGCCAGCACAGCGUGCUGUUUGUGGAGGAUAAAUCCCCGCAAAAAGAGAAAACACCACAACCGGAAGUGGAAGUGACACCGUCCGAUGUUGAAAUGGCGGACAAACCGAAGGCUAAAAAGGCGAAACAAGAGCAAGAUGAACAUAUAUCGUCGACCAGUUCGCAGAGCGAGGAGGCUAAAGUUGAUAAAAUUAACGGAGACGAGAAGAAAGAGACACCUAUGGAAGUUGACGAAACUGAUAAAUCUGACAAAUCACAAGACGACAACAAACAGACGGACGAACAGAGCGCGGAAGAUGUCUCCGAGCAGGAAUCCAAGCCCGAGACCAUGGACACAUCGAGCCAAGGCACCGUUGACAGCGAACCAGAUAAAGUGGAAAGUGUCCAAAGCGUCGACAGUGUUGAAAGUGUCAAGAGUGUCAGCGCGGAAAGUGUCAAAAGUGUCAGUGCGGAAAGUGUCAAAAGUGUCAGUGCGGAAAAAAGUGCGGAGAUCAGUGAGAAAGCCGACGAUAGUGACAAGUUAGAUCCCGAGUUGAACGGGACGGAGGCUGUGGACACUGCGUGAUAUUUUAGUAAGUUUAGUCGUAUGUUUGAAUAACUUAAUAAGUUCGUACUUAGUCAAGUUGGGCUUACUAUUGUAAGUGUCAGAUGCAUAAUGAUUACUUGUCGACUGUGUUCGUCUGUAUGUCGUUGGGAAGCCGCGUAAUCGAUGGUCCGGUGUAAAUAAGCGAUGAGUGAGAUAGAUUUCUAUAUCAUCUAUUUAUAUAUUUGUAAAUAAUGUCGACGUAAGUGAGAGCUUGCUUCGUAUAUUUUAAUAUAAACAACCUUAGGUAAAUCCUGUGUAAAAAUAUCAUAUAAUUGUAUAAGAUUUGAUUUGCGGUGAAAAAAAAGUGUAUCAUGACAUAAUAUUGGGUUUAAUUACAGAUAUUUUUAAGUUAUGUUUUUGAAAUAUGUAUUGAAAAUUAAAUGUGCAAGUUAAUUUUAAAAGAUAAACUUAAGUUUGGAACGAAAUGUAAUAUUACCUAGUAUGUUAAUUAAGUUAUCUUUAAAAUCUAAGCAUUUGUAAAAAACUGCUGCAAAAUGUUUUUUUUUUUUAAUUUUUUGUGUAUGUAUGUCAGUCAGAAAAUAAAUGGUAUCUUGGCAGAAUGUUGCCGAGUCAGUUAGUUACAAAUUAAAAUUAUUUGCAAUUAAACUCAACUGUCUUGAUAAUAAAUUCAAAAAUUGAUUAAAAAUAGAUCUUUGUUCAAAAUAAAUUAGAUUUAUAUUUGCCUACGAAAUUUGGCCUGCAAAGAUAAUCCCGGAAUAUUUUUUAAGAUUACAAUUUUGGUGGUAAAAGCAUUUAUUUUAUGUAUUUGUUAAGAUUUAGAGCUAGCGCGAAAGAGCAACUUU